UAAUGAGAGUAUAAUAAUGAUCAAAAUCAAUUGCAUUUGACAACUCAAAUUCGGCAUAUUAUGAAAGUCAGCAGCAGACAAAGGAAGCCAGCCAGCCAGCCAGCCACAGCCUGCACGAGAUAUCGAACAAAAACAGUCCUUAAAUAAUUCCAACACCACUUUCUCCGGCUCUCUUCUUCCAUCCAAAAAUCUUCCCUUUUUUUCACAAGGAAAAAAAAAAGAAAAAAAUCACCUCGAUUUUUCCCACAUUUGUUUCCUCAUUGUCUUCAUCAUUUCCCUAUCUUGCCCUCUUUUUUUUUGGGAGAUUUCCACUUACCCAUACGUAUUCAUAAUUUUACUGGAAUCAAUUAACCGGUCCCCCCUGUCAAUCAAAAAAACACACACAGUCACACACUUGUUGGGUUCUUUCUUUCUUUUUUGUAGUUUGUAGUAUUUUUUUGUAGUAAAGAUAUAAACUUUAUUCUUCUCUCUUCCACGUCCCAUCCAGCCCCGGCUUCUGAAUCCACAAACCCACUGCCAUGGACGGAGGUGGCAAUGCUCGGGACAUCGGCGGCGCCGGCGGGAGUGCCACCACCACCGGCGGUGGUGGGACGGUGGGUGUUCAGAUCCAGCCCCAGCCCAGCAGGCGCCUGCCGGAUUUCUUGCAGAGCGUGAAUCUCAAGUACGUUAAAUUGGGAUACCACUACUUGAUCUCUCACUUAUUCACACUCUGUCUUGUUCCUCUAAUGGCUGUUAUUCUUAUCGAAGCAUCCCAAACCAACCCGGAUGAUAUCCGCCAAUUGUGGCUCCAUUUGCAAUAUAAUCUUGUCUCUGUAAUUAUUUGUUCCGCUGUUCUGGUGUUCGGGUCAACGGUUUACAUCAUGACCCGGCCUAGGCCGGUUUAUUUGGUGGAUUACGCUUGUUACAAGGCUCCUGAUCACCUCAAGGCUCCAUAUGGUAGAUUUAUGGAGCAUUCCAGGCUUACUGGGGAUUUUGAUGAAUCCUCCCUUGAGUUUCAGAGGAAGAUCUUGGAACGUUCUGGGCUUGGGGAUGAUACUUAUGUCCCUGAAGCCAUGCAUUCUCUUCCUCCCAACCCUUCUAUGAAGGCAGCCAGGGAGGAAGCAGAGCAAGUUAUGUUUGGGGCUUUGGAUAAUUUGUUUGCUAGUACUAAUAUUAAACCCAAGGAUAUAGGCAUUCUUGUUGUGAAUUGCAGCUUGUUUAAUCCCACGCCUUCCCUUUCUGCUAUGAUUGUCAAUAAGUAUAAACUGAGGGGUAAUAUUAGGAGCUUUAAUCUUGGGGGUAUGGGUUGUAGUGCUGGAGUCAUUGCUGUUGAUCUUGCUAAGGAUAUGUUGCUAGUCCAUAGGAAUACUUAUGCUGUUGUUGUGAGUACGGAGAAUAUCACUCAGAAUUGGUAUUUUGGGAAUAAGAAGUCCAUGUUAAUUCCUAAUUGCUUGUUUCGAGUUGGGGGGUCUGCGGUUUUGUUGUCUAAUAAGUCAGUAGAUAAGAGAAGGGCCAAGUAUAGGCUUGUUCACGUUGUGAGGACGCACCGUGGUUCGGAUGAUAAGGCAUUCCGUUGUGUCUAUCAGGAGCAGGACGAUGCUGGGAAGACGGGUGUUUCUUUGUCGAAAGAUCUCAUGGCGAUCGCUGGUGAUGCACUUAAGACUAAUAUCACCACAUUGGGUCCCCUUGUGCUGCCAAUCAGUGAGCAGCUUCUGUUUUUCGCUACUUUGUUGCUGAAGAAGUUGUUCAAGAAGAACAUCAAGCCUUACAUUCCUGAUUUCAAGUUGGCAUUUGAUCACUUCUGCAUACAUGCUGGGGGCAGGGCUGUGAUUGAUGAGCUGGAGAAGAAUCUUCAUUUGUUGCCCGAACAUGUUGAGGCUUCCCGAAUGACUCUCCAUCGCUUUGGGAACACUUCGUCAAGCUCCAUUUGGUAUGAGCUUGCAUACAUUGAGGCCAAGGGAAGAAUCCGCAGGGGUCAAAGAAUCUGGCAAAUCGCGUUUGGUAGCGGUUUCAAGUGCAACAGCGCUGUAUGGCAAGCACUUCGGCAUGUAAAGCCGUCUCCAAAUGGUCCUUGGGAGGACUGCAUUGACAAGUAUCCCGUGAAAGUUGUUUCAUAGCUGAGAAGCACAUAACAACAAUGAGCUUAGCGCUUUCAGAGAGUUUGAUCAUCCACUAUUCUUCCUCUUUCUUUUGUUCCAUUUUUGGUACUGGUAUAAUUAUUAGUCAUGUAACAGGGCCGGUUUUUUGCCUCUGUCCCAGUGAAUUAGCAUUUGUGUUGGAUAAUUGGGUUGCUCAUCUCCUGUUGUACUAUAUUUUGUUCAAGGUUGUAUUGUCUUUGUCGGGUAAUCUCUACUGCAAUUUGUUUCAUUUGUUCAGCUUCUCUGACACUUAAUUGAAUAGAAUAUUUGAAGCUAAUCGAAAUUGAAUUAUUGGUCCAUCCCCAUAGUCGUACAAAAAUUGUGUUCUUUUCAGUUUUCACCGCCUCAGUUUCAUUCCAUCAGUCUUAGUGUU